AUGGCCAGAAAGAUUCUCUGCGUGGCAGAGAAGCCUGCCAUUGCGCGCGCCGUGGCUACGCACAUGUCCGGCGGCUCUUUUCAAACACAUUCAGUUCGCGGAAACCAAUACGUGAAGAACUAUGAGUUCGAAUUCAACUUCGGUGCCCCUUGGGGGAGUUGCUCCGUGACCAUGACAAGUGUCAUUGGCCAUCUCACCGGCCUGGACUUCGAGCGCCAGUACAGGGGUUGGCAAUCUUGUCCUCCUGGAGCCUUGUUUGAGGCUCCAGUAAAGGAAGAGGUGGAUGAGAAGAAAAUGCCAAUUGCAGAAAACAUUCGGAACCAAGCUCGGUAUAGUAAAGCUCUCUUCAUUUGGACCGAUUGCGAUCGAGAGGGAGAACAUAUCGGGACAGAGGUCCGUACCCAGGCAAUGAGUGGCAAUGCUCGUAUCGAAGUCCGGCGGGCCAAGUUCAGCAACACGGAAAGAGCCCAUGUUCUUCGGGCUGCCAGAGAGCCGAUUACGCUCGAUGAGUUUCAGGCCAAUGCCGUGGCGGCCAGAAUCGAGCUUGAUCUUCGAAUUGGGGCUGCUUUUACCCGUUUGCAGACCCUUCAGCUUCAGCAAGUUGCUGAAAUAUUGAAAGAGAAGGUCAUCAGCUAUGGAUCAUGCCAAUUUCCCACCCUGGGCUUUGUGGUGGACAGGUAUUUGAGGGUGCAGAACUUUAAGCCUGAAACAUUCUGGGGCAUCAAGGUUAUGCUUCAGCGCGAGGGCAUUAAAGUGAACUUCCUCUGGAGACGAGUGCACCUCUUCGAUCGUGCAGCCGUGACAAUGAUGCUGGAGCGAUGUCUAUCAGCAAAGCAAGCAAAGGUCACGAAAGUGAACCAGAAGCCCAAGAGUAAAUGGCGACCACUGCCCUUGACGACCGUGGACCUCCAGAUGAUGGGCAGUCGCUACCUUCGCAUGGACAGUCAAAAGGUCAUGAAGGUUGCUGAAGCACUUUACACGAAAGGUUUCAUCAGCUACCCACGUACGGAGACUGAUCAAUUUGACAAGGCAAUCGACCUGAAGAAACUUGUUGAGAAACAAUACCCCGAUGGGCGAUGGGGUCAAUAUGCCCGAGAACUCCUCGAUGGAAAAUUCAGGACCCCUAGAUCAGGGCGUCACAACGAUCAAGCCCACCCCCCGAUCCAUCCUGUCAGCUGGGUGAACCCAUCGCAACUGAAUAGCGACGAGAAAAAGGUCUAUGAAUUCGUGGCUCGUCGAUUCCUUGCUUGUUGCUCCGAAGACGCAAAGGGUCAGGGUACUGAUAUCGAAAUUCAAUAUGGAGAAGAGAUGUUUCAUGCCAGUGGCCUGAUUGUGUUGGAGAGAAACUAUCUCGAUGUCUACGUUUACGAUAAAUGGGAAAGCAGCCAGAAUCUACCCAACUUCGAGAAAGGAGAGAGGUUUGAGCCCACAGAAGCAAAUAUCUUCGAGGGCAAGACUACCGCCCCGGGUUAUCUGACAGAACCCGAGCUGAUCGGUCUCAUGGAUGCGAACGGAAUCGGCACCGAUGCGACAAUGGCCGAGCAUAUUGCCAAGAUCAAAGAACGUGAAUACGUGGUCGUGAACGAACGAGGCUCCGGCCGCAGCAAGGUCUCCGAGCUCAUUCCAACGAAGCUAGGCACCGCGCUUGUGGAAGGGUAUGAUAAUGUGGUAGCAGACCUUCCAAACAGCAUUUCGCUAAGCAAACCUUUUCUGCGAAAGGAAAUGGAGUUGAGGAUGCUUGAAAUCUGUGCCGGCUCCAAGACCCGACAAGAAGUGGUACAACAAAGCUUGGACAUGUAUCGCGAGGUUUUCAUUCAUACCCAGCGGCGCAUCGCAAUGCUCAAAACUGCCUGUCGUAAAUAUCUUGUCCCAGAAUAG